CGGGUGGAGAGGCCGAGCACCAAGGCAUGGCCAAGAACACGAACAUGCGCUGGCGGCUCCCUCUCGUGUGCCUCCUCUGGGAGGUGGCCAUGAUCGUCCUCUUCGGAGUCUUCGUGCGCUUCGGCGCCGAAGCUGAUGCGCACUGGGAGGAGGAGAAACGAGAGAUGAACCUGACCAGUGACAUAGAGAACGAUUUCUACUUCCGAUACCCCUCUUUCCAGGACGUCCACGUGAUGAUCUUUGUGGGCUUUGGCUUCCUCAUGACAUUCCUCAAGCGCUAUGGAUUCGGAGCUGUGGGUUUCAAUUUCCUCCUUGCUGCCUUUGGGAUCCAGUGGGCUCUCCUGAUGCAAGGCUGGUUCCACUCUUUCAAGGAUGGGAAGAUCCUCAUUGGAGUGGAGAACCUGAUCAAUGCUGAUUUCUGCGUGGGCUCUGUGUGCAUUGCCUUUGGGGCCAUCCUUGGCAAAACCAGCCCCAUACAGCUCCUUGUCAUGACUUUGUUUCAAGUCACACUCUUUUCAGUGAAUGAGUACAUCCUCCUCAACCUUCUUCAUGUAAAGGAUGCAGGUGGCUCCAUGACCAUUCACACCUUCGGAGCCUACUUUGGUCUCACGGUGACUCGGGUCCUGUACAGACCCAACCUGGAGCAGAGUAAGGACAAGCAGGGCUCCGUGUACCACUCCGACCUCUUUGCCAUGAUCGGUACCCUGUACCUGUGGAUGUACUGGCCCAGUUUUAACUCAGCCAUUUCUGAUCACGGGGAUGCCCAGCACCGGUCUGCCAUUAACACGUACUGCUCGCUGGCUGCCUGUGUCCUCACCACCAUGGCCUUCUCCAGCAUGCUGCAAAAGAAGGGCAAGCUUGACAUGGUCCACAUCCAGAAUGCCACGCUGGCUGGUGGCGUGGCCGUGGGCACCAGCGCCGAGAUGAUGCUGACUCCAUACGGCUCCCUCAUUGUCGGGUCCAUCUCUGGCAUCGUGUCCACCGUGGGGUAUGUCUACUUCACGCCUUUUUUGGAGUCUAGGUUGCACAUUCAGGACACAUGUGGCAUCCACAACCUCCAUGCCAUGCCAGGCCUUAUUGGGGGCAUUGUGGGGGCCAUCACAGCAGCUGCAGCCACAGAGGAUGUGUAUGGAAAGGAAGGGUUCAUCAAGGCGUUUGACUUCACCGGCGUGUACCAGGCGCGGACGCCCAGUAUCCAGGGAGGGUUCCAGGCGGCCGGCAUUGUGGUGUCUCUGCUGAUGGCAUUUGUUGGGGGUGCCAUCGUGGGGGGCAUCCUCAAGCUGCCCAUCUGGGGGGACGCCGCGGCCGAGAACUGCUUCGAGGACGGCGUUUACUGGGAGGUGCCGGAGGACGAGGAGAGCGACGUGUACCACAUGCACAACCCCGACAAGCCCGCCUCGCCCUGAGCCCGCCGCCGGCCCGCC